AUGGGGUUACUCACUAUAAUAAAGAAACAAAAACAGAAGGAUAAAGAGAUUAGAUGUCUUGUUAUUGGUUUGGAUAAUUCUGGUAAGUCUACAGUAGUAAAUAGAUUACUUCCGGAGGAUGAGCGUGAGGAAAAAAUCACACCUACCAUUGGCUUCCAAAUAAAAACUUUCACUAUUGAUAAUAAUUUCAAUAUUAAUCUUUGGGAUGUUGGUGGUCAGAACACUUUAAGACCAUUCUGGGAAAAUUAUUUUAACAAGACAGAUGUAUUAAUCUGGUGUAUAGAUAUUAGUUUACCUAUCCGAUUCAAUGAAUCAUUUACUGAAUUAAAGAAUCUAGUUGUGAAAAAUGGCGAUAGAAUCGGUUAUGAUUGCCACGUUGUUGUUAUUUUGAAUAAGAUCGACUUAUUAGAGGAUGAAGAUGAAACAACAAAUAAUUUAAUUUCGAAUAUUGAGAAGCAAAUACAAGAUAGUUUUAAUAGUGAAAAUGGAGGUAAUGUGCAAAACUCCGUCGAUAUAAUUAAUAAAAGAAGAGAAGUUGAUUUCGUUCGGUGUAGUGCAAUUAGUGGUGAAGGCAUUGAUACUAUCAAGGAAGUGAUUGUCUCUCGCAUUUCAAGAUAA